ACCAACCCACAAACAAACAUAAAAAUCCUUUCGCCGCUGUCGUCCCUCCGCCUCCGACCCUCCUCUAACCCUAAUCGUUGUCCGAUAGUGAUCAAAGCAGUGGAGAGUUUCGGACCCAUCUCGGUAGCGCCGACGCCGCCGCUCGCCGUUGCUGUAGGUGUCGCCGUCGUCACUCUGGCAACGCUCCACAGCAGCAAGCACGAUUAUACCUGAUAUUUAGUCUGUUUCCUUCAGCUCUUAAACUAAAGCUGCACUAGUUCACAUCCAACAUAGGUUGUAUCAAAUGAGCCUACAACAGACCCUCAAGGCCUACAAAUUUGGGAUUGUGAACUAUUUGAAUGCACUUAAACUCCAAGAAAGGCUUUCUGGUGAAAGAAAAGCUGGCAAUAUUCAGGAUACCAUCUUAUCCCUUCAACACCCACCAACCUACACACUUGGAAAGAGGCGAACGGACCACAAUUUAUUACUUACUGAAUCUGAAGUCCAAGCCAUGGGAGCUGAACUUCAUUACACUGAAAGAGGGGGUGAUAUCACAUUCCAUGGACCAAGGCAAGCUAUUAUUUACCCUAUAAUUUCUCUGAGAGCAAUUGGAUUUGGUGCAAGGAAGUAUGUAGAAGGCCUCGAAUCAAUAAUGAUAGAAGUAGCAUCCCUUUAUGGUGUCAAUGCACAUCCUGGGAAAGCCGGUGAGACAGGGGUGUGGGUCGGCGAUAGAAAAAUUGGUGCUAUUGGUGUUCGGAUAUCUUCAGGCAUCACUUCACAUGGAUUAGCAUUCAACAUUGAUCCUGAUUUGAACUAUUUCAAGCACAUUGUUCCUUGUGGAAUACGAGACAAAGGAGUCACAUCCUUAAGGAGGGAAGCACAGAUGCAGUUACCAGAAGAUGAAGUAAUCCAUGAUCAGCUUAUUCAGUCCUUCGCAAAGACUUUUCAUUUCAAAGACAUGCAGUGGAGUCAAGGUGGAUUAAUUUUGCCAGCUGAUGAAAUCAAAUAACAAAGAGAGAGUUGAUUAGGUGUUCAUAUUCCUUCAUUUUGACUUCAUUUAAAUUGCUAAUGGAGUCACGACAACAGCAUUGUGCUUUUUAUACAGGCAUCUGGAGGAAUUGACUUCUUCACUGAGAUACACACUAUGGGAGAAAAGGUGCUCUUCUUAUUUCAGAAUUAAACUGGGUUCAAAGGACAAACAUGGUUAGAACCCAAGUGUAUGUUUUAUCCACAAUGCUCCUGCAUUUGAUCAACCUUGAGUUGCCUUCCUGCAAUGUGAGAUUCGACAUUUUUCUUAAGAGCCACCUCGAGUGAACCAUCAAAUGGAGGAGGUUGGUUAUUGCUAGCUGACUAGAAGGUGUCUGUAGUGUCUACAUCACUCUUACAAAAGCGGCAAUUUGGUCAAAUAUGAAUUCAAGUUGACGGGGGAAAUCGUGAUGUGGUCUUUUCUUGAGAGUUAUUGAAUCCAGAAGCUGACUUUUGAAUGAUGUGCGUUUUCAAAGAAAACGUUUAACUAUUUCACAAUAAUCCCCUGAAGGUUCACCGUUCACCACUAGGUGACGUGAUAUAUCAAACAAGGGACCAACACUGAAGAGAGUGCUGGUGGCAUCAUUGAGGUUGAGCAGAGCAAUGUUUCUAUACAUUCAUAAUCUUUUUUUACAUGCUUAUUUUUAUAGUUCUGAUAAAUUAGAUACAUUUUUCUAGGUUGAUUUUUGCAAUUUAACUAAUCCCAUUCGCUUCA